CGAAACCGGCUUUGGUUAUAAAUAAACCUUUGCCGUGCUGGUAUUUGGCUUUCGAGUCUCUUGCGGUGCAGUAGGAGCAACAGCAGAAGCGAGCAGGAAAACAGAAAAACGUUGAGGCGAAAAACACGAACAUACCGAAACGAAACCGUUGUGAAAAGAAAACAAAAAAAAAAAAAAACAGAAAAAAGAGACCAGACCAAACAAAACACAUGCAAGAAAACAAAAAAAAUUACACAGACUCGGCAGACUUUUAAUUAUAUUUUGUUUCUCUUGUUGAUGUUGUUGUUGUUGCUUCAAGAUAUCCAUUGGAGCGCAGUGCAACAGGGAAAGAUUUGCGCUUUUUAGGCUUUGCAUAUCAAAUUCAAUUAAAUAUACAUAUUUAAUAAGUGCAGAAGACGCGUGUCGCGUAAGUCUAAUUGGAACAAACCGAAUAGAGCGAUAAACAAACAACAAACAAGAAACGCAUUAAGAAAAUCAAACAACAGCAAGAAGCAGAGGGGAAAAACGCGCGCGUAUUGCUGCAGGUGUGAAUUAGUGAAAGUUACGCGUGCGUGUGUGUGCAACAGUCUUGGCCACGCCCACGCGCCCAAUAAACUACGUCAACGCCCACGCCCACACAAUGAACCGAUCAAACAGUUUUGUCAGCUCUUUGAAGUGGUGGCCACUCCAGGGCCACAACAAUCAAGCAACAUCAACAACGCAAGCAGCGCCCUCUGCCGGCGGUGGCGGCGCCAGUGCCGGUUACUCACAAUCAGCGCCCAGCUCUCCCACCUCUAAUUGGCCGCCGUCGCUGCAGCAGCAUCAUAAGCUCAACGUUGGCGCUGCCAAUGUGAACACAACAUUUGGCAGCAGCGUCGCCGUACAAAAGCUGCGCGAAUCCAAAUGGUUCAAGCCCGAAGAGCAGCGCAUUUUCUGCGCCGUCGUCGAAUGCGGCUUUAUUGUGGAGGUGCGCAGCAGCGCCGCUGCCCAAGCAGCUGCAGCAGCUGCGGCCGCCGCCGCAGCAGCAGCCGCUGCCAGUGAUGCCGAUUCCCUGGACAUCGAUUGUCCAGCCCUGACAUUGGCACCACCACUGAUUAUACCACGGAAUGGCAGCAGCAGCAUAAGCUUUUUGGAGGCACAGGAUGAGAACGAAACGCCGGUGGCGUCAUGGUACGGCAUUGUACUGUGCAAGGUGGCCAAAGACAACAAACCAAAACCGGAUACCAUUGAGAUAUUUUCUGUGAAAAUACGCGAAAAUGGGACAUAUAAGCUGAUCAAAAUGUCAUUGGCCGAUAUUUGGAGCCAUGGCUGGGAGUUGCGUAUAAACAAUUUUGCCGACAAGGAGAAGAUGCCACACAACGAAAAGGACAUACGCAAUCAGGUGUCAUUGGCGCGCAAGGCCAAACAGAGUCUGUGGAACAACAAUAAGCAUUUUGUAUAUUGGUGCCGUUAUGGAAGUCGCCAGCAGGAUGUGCGCAAGCGACAGAUGUCCGAGUGCGUGAAAUGGGGCAGCGUUGGCAUGAAUGCGGGCAUGUUGCUGGUGCUCAAUAAUAGGCAAAAAUGCUACUCCCACUCAAAGUAACUAACAGAAACACACACAUAUUCUCUCUUAAUUUUUAUAUUAUUUAAUUUAUUUUUUUUAAAUUAUAUUUGCCGUUUCAUGGUGAAAUUAUUAACAAGGCAGCAAAAGAAAAUGAUCAAAGAGUAUAGAAAAUAUAUAUGUAUAUCCUUGAAUCCUUUAUCCGGUGUGGUGGAAUUGGUAAUGAUAAGCGAGAGAGAAAGAGAGAGUGAAUACGUCACCUUGUUAGUAAAUUUACCUUAUAAUUCAUAAAUACACACAUUCUCUGCUGUUAAUUCUUCUGAUUUGUCAGAAUGGAGAACAACAAACGCAAGUAAUCCAAAGCAAAUUGUGAUAAACAGCGACCAAAACAACAACAAAUGCAAAAUACAUAAAAUUAAAUAUUUAUUUAUUAUACUAUGCGAUAUAUAUGAAUGUCGUUA